AUGAAGCCCUCCAGCAUUAGAACGCCAGUUCUCUUUCUCUCUCUCCUCGCCUUUCUUCUGUUGGCUAUGCAGCUUCAUCUCUCUCAUGCCGACGUCGGCACCGCCGCUUACUGCGGUCCUCCAUACACGCCGACAGCGUGUUACGGCAAUGACCCAGCGCAGUUCCCAUCGAGCAGCCUCUUUGCGGCGGCGGGCGAAAGCAUAUGGGACAAGGGAGCGUCGUGUGGGAGGCAGUACCUAGUGUGGUGCACCAGCGCCAUUGCCUCGGGAAUAUGCAUACACAACCAGACUGUGGAAGUCCGAAUCGUCGACUAUGCUCCAUCGUCUUCUUCACGUCCCUCAAGUGACGACACGACCAUCGUCCUCUCGACGACGGCCUUCGACGAAAUCGCAAAGUUUGCCGCGGCUGUCAAUGUCGAGUAUCAACAGUACGUUCAUUUCCUCACUUUAUCGGGUUUGAAGGAGACGUGCACAUUUAAGCUAGUCAACGAGUUGAUGAUUCAAGAUUUGGGAGAUUACUCGGCGUAG